ACUUGUCGUCGUAUACAAACUGGGACAGCUGAGCUCUAAGGACAUCUCACAGGAUCUUUCUUCUAGAAGUGUUUGUAUGGUUCUGAAAACAAAACAACUAAAAGUCCCCAUGACGUACGCAGUUAGAGGACGAGGCUUUGGUGUGUACUACUGGGCGGGAGCUUUGGCUUGAGACUCUCUUCUUUUUAUUCUUACUCAUAGCGGUUUCUCUGGGCUGCCCGGGCAAGAAUAAGUUAAUGUCGGGUGCGCAGAAUCUGACAGCGCAGUUCAUUUCUGUAACUCAGCAAUGUGGAUAUUACAGACUGCUACAGUUUUAAUCGUGGCUUUCGGGGUCCUGGCACAAGAUCUGCCCUCGUACACUGACAGGUGCGCAGAAGGCAGCUGCUACCCCGCAACCGGCGACCUCCUGAUUGGUAGAGCGCGCCGGCUCAAAGCCUCCUCCACGUGCGGACUUAGCGGUCCCGAAACCUUCUGUAUUGUCAGUAACCUGCAGGCUGAUAAGUGCUUUGAAUGUGACUCCCGGGAGAUGUACAAUGAAGUCACUCACCCCAACAGCCACACCAUUGAGAACAUAGUCACAACCUUUGCCCCCAACAGGCUCAAAACAUGGUGGCAAUCCCAGAAUGGAGUGGAGAAUGUGACCAUUCAGCUCGACUUAGAAGCUGAAUUCCACUUCACACAUCUCAUCAUGACCUUUAAGACAUUCCGUCCUGCGGCUAUGGUGAUUGAGCGUUCAUCAGACUAUGGGCAGAGUUGGCAGGUGUACCGUUACUUUGCAUAUGACUGCUCCACCACCUUUCCAUACAUAUCAAAGGGACCAGUCAUUAGAGUCGAUGAUAUCAUAUGUGAUUCACGCUACUCUGACACAGAGCCUUCAACAGAAGGAGAGGUGAUUUUUAGAGUCCUUGACCCUGUUUUUAAGAUUCGUGAUCCUUUCAGUGAACAUAUCCAAAACCUUCUCAGGAUCACUAACCUGCGUGUGCGGAUGGUAAAGUUACACACUCUUGGUGAUGACCUCAUGAAUGACCUGGAGGAUGUGAUGCAGAAGUACUACUACGCCAUCUUUGACAUGGUUGUCCGUGGCAACUGCUUCUGUUAUGGCCAUGCCUCUCAGUGUGCACCAAUCACAGGUGGUGAGGCGAGAGUUGAAGGAAUGGUUCAUGGGCACUGUGUGUGUAAGCACCACACUGCUGGACUGAACUGUGAGCUGUGUGAGAACUUUUACCACGAUGUGCCAUGGAGACCAGCAGAGGGUAGAAACACCAAUGCAUGCAAAAAGUGUGAGUGUAAUCACCACUCCACCAUAUGUCACUUUGACAUGGCUGCGUACAUCGCAUCAGGGAACGUUAGCGGGGGAGUAUGUGACAACUGUCUGCACAACACACAAGGCCAGCACUGCGAGGGCUGCAAGCCCUUCUAUUACCAGCGCCCAGAUUUGCACAAACGACACCCUGACAUCUGCACACCAUGUGACUGUGAUCCCCAGGGCUCACUGAAUGGCGGUGUGUGUGACAGUGUAACAGAUGUGGCGAGGAGACUGAUCGCAGGUCAGUGCCACUGUAAGGCCAGUGUGGAGGGAAAACGAUGUGACAGCUGCAAGCAAGGGCACUACGGCCUGGGACAAGACCCACUCGGCUGCCUGCCAUGCAGAUGUAAUCCUCUUGGUACGCUCCCUGGAAGGGCCUGUGAGAGAAACACUGGAGAAUGCCACUGCAAACGCCUCGUCACCAGCCGAAGCUGCAAUCAGUGUCUGCCUCAACACUGGGGCCUUCGUAAUGACAUGGAUGGCUGUCGACCAUGUGACUGCAAUCUGGGCGGGGCUUUGAAUAAUGAUUGCUCUCCAGAGACAGGACAGUGUGUGUGCAGAGAGCACAUGUUUGGCAGGCGCUGUGACCAAGUGAAGAACGGUUAUUAUUUCGCCACGCUUGACCACUACACCUAUGAGGCUGAGGAUGCAGAGUUUGAAUCAGGGGUGACCAUGGUACCAAGGUCACUGCCUGUAGAUCAUCAUGCUACCUGGACCGGUAUUGGAUUUGCCAACGUACCUGAAGGAAAAGCACUUCAGUUCACAGUUGACAAUGUCCCACAGUCCAUGGAGUACAACCUGCUGAUCCGUUAUGAACCACAGUUGCCAGACAUGUGGGAGGAUGUGCUAGUAGUUGUGAUGCGUACUCGUAACCCUUCACCAUCUGCACAUUGCUCUCUUCCUUAUGCUGACCAGCAGAGGGUCUCACUGUCUCCAGGCUCCAGAUAUGUGCUACUGUCCAGACCAUUGUGUUUGGAAAAAGAUAAAAAAUAUAACCUCAGUAUGUUACUGGCCCACUAUUCUUCAGAUGACCAUCAUCACCUUCCGAACAUGCUCAUUGACUCCAUCGUGCUGCUGCCCGUCGUGCGCGACCUGGAGCUCUUCUCAGGUACGGCGGACAGUGAGGAGGCGUGGGAGAUGUUCCAGAAGUACCGCUGCCUGGAGCUUAGCCACACCAUCCAGAAGAGCCCUAUGACCGACAUCUGCAAGGAAUACAUCUUCAGUGCCUCUGCACUGCUACACCAGGGUGUUAUGGAAUGUGAGUGCCAUCCACAAGGCUCGCUGAGUUUAAUAUGCAACUCAAUUGGUGGGCAGUGCCCAUGUCGGCCAAACGUGGUGGGCAGAAAGUGUGACACCUGCUCCCCGGGCACCUUCCAUCUCGGACCCUCUGGCUGCAGGUCGUGUGAGUGUGACAAACUAGGCUCACGGACUCCCUUCUGUAAUGUGACCACAGGGCAGUGCCCAUGUGUGCCAGGCGCUUACGGGCGCCAGUGUGCCCACUGCCUGCCUGGGCACUGGGGUUUCCCCCACUGCCAUGCCUGCUUCUGUAAUGGCCACAGCGAUCGAUGCCAGACCAACACGGGUCAGUGUUUGGCGUGCAGGGAGCACACUACAGGUCACCACUGUGAGAGGUGUGAGAACGGCUACCAUGGCAACGUGUUGCUUGGCAGUGGGGAGCAUUGUCGGCCUUGCAUGUGUCCCGAUGGCCCAGGGAGCGGCAGGCAGUUUGCCGACACCUGCUACGAGAACCCCAACUCUCUCCAGCUCCACUGCCUGUGCAGCUCAGGAUACAAAGGACCCCGGUGCGAGGAAUGUGCUCCUGGUUACUAUGGCAACCCCCAGGUGGCAGGUGGUCGGUGCCACCCAUGUCACUGUAACAGGAACAUCGACAUGCACGAUCCAGGGUCAUGUGACACCCACACGGGGAUCUGCCUCAAAUGCCUGUAUUACACUGAGGGCCCUAGGUGCCAGUACUGUAGCCAUGGUUACUACGGAGAUGCUACCACUCAGAACUGCCAGAAGUGUAUGUGCCAGGCUUUGGGCAGUGUUGAACAGAGCUGUGUAGAUGGGAAGUGUGAGUGUGACAGGGUCAGUGGGCAGUGUCCCUGUCUGCCUGGUGUGGAGGGUCUGAACUGUGACCACUGUGCCCCCAACACCUGGAAUAUCAACAGCAGAGAGGGUUGCCAGCUGUGCCAGUGUCACCCCACCCACUCCUUCAGCCCCUCCUGCGAUGCACUGUCGGGUCAGUGCUCCUGUAAGCCUGGGUUUGGUGGCAGGACUUGUGAAGAGUGUAGGGCACUUUUCUGGGGUGAUCCUGAAGUAAAAUGUAAUGCAUGUGACUGUGAUCCACGAGGCAUCUCCACACUACAGUGCAAUAAGUCAACAGGCAAAUGUAUGUGUGUGGAGGGUGUGGCUGGCCAACGCUGUGACUCCUGUAGGCGGGGCUAUGUGGGAAAAUUCCCUGAAUGCCAGCAAUGUCAUCAGUGCUUCAGUGAUUGGGAUGUUACAGUCAGCGAGCUAACCAAUCAGACGGAGCGGAUGAUAGGCACUGUGGAUGAGGCGAAAGUAACAAGUGUGCCGGCAGCCUAUCAUGACACGAUAUCUAGUCUGGAGAGCGGAGCCAGGCAGCUCAUUCAAAUACUAGAGGACAACGAGGCUCAGAAAACUCUCGUACACAAUAAAGCUCUACUGCAGCAAACAAAUCAGCUCAUGUUGGUCCUGGGCCGCUCGCUGAACCACUCAGAGGAUCUGGUGGCACAGGUCUCUGCAGAGCACGGCAGGGCUGCGGAGGAGCUGCACUCCCUCAGCGAGGAGUCCCACAAGCUGCAGGAGAGCAUGGAGGAGAAGCAGCAGCAGGCGCUGCUCAUCAAACAUGCCAACAUCAGGGGUGCAGCAGACAGCAUUUGGCAGUAUCACCAGCAGUCGUUGGAGGCAGAGGGUCAGGUCAACCAGGCCACCAGUGACCCGCAAAGCCCCAUGGAGCAGUCAGCAGGCCUGCGACAAGCCAGCGAGGCCAUGCUGAAUGCCAUCCAGGGCGGGUACGAACUCAGACUGCAGCUGCAGGCUGAGAGACUAGACAAGAUGAACCGGGACUUGGACCAGGAUGACCUAUCGCAACUCAGCCACCAGGUGUGUGGUGGAGCGUCUGGCCCAGACAGCUGCGGAGGCUGCGAGGGUCUGGGGUGCGCGGGCGAGGCUGGGGCGUUGCAGUGCGGUGCGGCGGGGUGUGCAGGACUCAUCACAGAAAGCAACAAAGCCCUGAACAAAGCCAAGGAGCUGGACCAUGACAUCCUGGACUCUCUGAAGGAAGUGGAGAAGCUCCACAGGAUGGUGUCAGAUGCUCGCGGGCAGGCUGACGAGGCUAAACUCAGUGCUCAGGAUGUCCUGUCAAAGGCCAAUCAGAGCAAAUCUAGAGUUGAGCAGACCAAUCAGGAGCUACGACAGCUCGUUCAGGAAAUAAGAGACUUUCUUACACGUGGAGCGGAUCUGCAGCGAAUUGAGGCACUAGCUGACAAGGUGCUGAAGCUAAAGAUGCCCGUGGCCGCAGGCGAGCUAAAGAACGUUACUAUGGAGAUUCGCCAGCAUGUCGCGAGCCUGACAAGUGUGGAUGACAUUCUGGCUGAAAGUGCUGACCAGGCCCACAUGGCAGAGAUGCUGCUGCACCAGACACGCACAGUCAGUGAGAAGGCUAUGCAGCUGAAGGAGGAAGCAGAGGAAGUGAUGUCAGCGUUAAAUGAAUCUGAGUAUGCUCAGUCUGCAGCACAUGUCAGCCUGACAGGGGCCAAGGACAACCUCGACUACACACAACAACACAUGGCCUCGGUGGAGUCAGAGACGGCUGCGUCUGAGCUUAAACUGAGUAACAUCACGCAAAGGAUGCUGGAUGCAGAGGCAGGGGUUGGCGAGGCCAAACAGAAAAUUCUGGAGGCCUCCAGCAGUGCAGAAAACACUAACAGAGUGGCUGACUACGUCUCUGAGGUUAUGGAACAAACCAAACGGGAAUUGGAUUCGGAGGUGAAGGAUAGUUUCCGGUUAGUCAGCCACCUGAUGGAGCACAAAGCGCUGGGUGUGUCUGACGCACGCCAGAGGGUGGAGCGACUGCGGCAGGAGGCAAAAGACUUUCUGGAUGACUCUGUCAACAAAUUAAAGAGACUAACAGAGCUGGAGAAGACGUUCUCCUCGAACCAGCAGACUCUGGAAGAGAGAGCGGAGGAGCUGAAGGAUUUAGAGAAGACGGCCCAGGGUGUGCUGCAGGAGCUCAGUCACAAGGCUGCACUGUACAGCACGUGCCUGUGAUGGCGGCCACAGUCCCGUGAAGAACCCAGACUUUUUUCUGUGUCAGCCAGAGAUGCGCAUUAGUAGCUGCACAUUCCCUAAGAUCCCGUUCCCAAAUGGUUCCCCUUGAGUUAAGCCAGUGCCUCCCAGUCCUGGUUCUUGAGUACUCCUCUACCCUGCACCUAAUCCCAUGGGUAGCACCGAUCCACAUUUGUUCCUCUUUACACCAAACAUGUGACUAUUUGUUUUCCAAGGUAGGUUUCUUUGUUUUAUUCAGACGUAAUGUAAUCUGACCACAACUGAUGUAAUGUCGACAUAAAGCUAGAACGCUAGCAACAUAACCCAUAGCCUGUGAUUAACCAUGUUGGGUGCUAGCAAGCAAAUAACGUUAGCCAUGUAAUAGGCCCACCUACAUUUACAUGAUAUAUAAGCACACAAGAUAUAUAUGAGAGACAUAUAAAUCUCUCCAUUCAGUCAGGGUUAAAAAUUAAUUGUUUAAAGGGUUCAACAGGGACUUGACUCAACUCAUCAGCUAAUUAGCGAGUUAAAAAUUGGCAAGGAAGUGCAGUUUCACUGCAGGACCCGGAGCACGAAGCACUGUUGCUAGCCACUAAGUCAACUUCAGCGUAUGUACAGGAAAAGCUACUUACAAAACCUACCAUUUCACUUGUUUAUCUAGUCUUUAGCCAAAAAGUUGUAUUUUGAAAUAUCUAUACCAAACAAUAUCUGCCACAUUUAAAUAUUAUUAUAUAGCCACGAAAGAGAAAUAAAAUAGCACUGUCAUAUUGAAAUUUUGGGCUCGUCUAGGCAUUCCAGUCAAAAUUGUAAUUAAAGGUGCUGUGAAUUACA